AUCGAUGAAGAUGUUUAAAGUGAUUUUAAUUCCGUCUUCGGUAAACACCCAUUUCAAGCUUUGUACUUCCAGACCAGUUUUAGAUAACCCCCCCUGGGCACUAACAGGCUGAGAACGGAACCUUUCUAGUCCUGGGCAUAGACAUGGGUUCAAGUGUUCAAACUCAUCAAAAACAUUGACAAAGUCCACACCACACCCUAGACACAGUAAAAUACGAACUGGAAGGCGUUAGUGGGAAUUAGUGCAUUUAACACUGUUAACGAGAAGCACGAUUUCUAUUGGCUUUAAGCCCGUUGGAAGCUGGAACACAAACUCCGGCUUCCUUCAGGAAACCACCGGAAGAGAUCAGCCGGGCAAUCGUGGACUAGGAGCCAGAGGCAGCAACAGGGACAGAAUGUCUCCGUCCACCCUACGUGCUCGUCUUCUUGUCGUUUUGUUUUUCCCGUUUUUACCAACUCGUCAUAGGAAAGUUGCAUAAGACAAACAUCACCAACUUUGCGAUCACAUUUAUGGAGAAGGCACCUCUGCCAGCAGAACAAAACCAUACGCAUAUACACCCAGCUGAAGAUAAAGAACACGCGUAGUAUCUUAUAAACCCCAUCUGUUACACAGGUGUGCGUAAAAUGACCAAGAGUACUUACUAACAGACGCUGACACACACGUUGGGAGUACAGGAAGACAACGUGCGUGAAGAACAGCCGCCGGAAAAUGCGACAGGGCAUUUAUUUGCAGGCCUCCCCACCCCCCCCGCAAAAUAAAUGUUAUCCCUUCAUUAUUAGAUUAUUUGCCACUACAGCGCAGUCUCCAGCGUUUGGCGCCAGGCGGCGCUGCUGCACGCCUGCAGUCCGAUCCUUCACAAACGCGUUAUCGGUAAACACAAGUCCUAGUACCCGCUUCCCUCCCCCCAUUUAUACACACAUCUAGUGACGUGUAAAACACAAAUACCCGGUUUUAAAUGCAUUUUCACUACGCCUGAGGUGGAUGCAGCGGCCGAUGUCACCAGGCCUGUUGGUAAAUGCGGGGAGUGUCCCGCAGAAGCCGAGGCAAGAGCCCGUGCAUGAAUAACACUCAUGAUAAUAAUACUAUUAUUAUUAAUAAUAGGGUAAUAAUCCGGAGCCCGGGCGGGCAGGCAGGAGGCAUUCUGUGCUAGCGCCGGGGCGCGGUGACGUCACAGCUGCCGCAGCGAGAGGGGAGCCUGGGCCGCCAUCUUGGAAACCCGCGGAUCUUUCCAGAAGAGCCGAGAGCGUCGCUUCGCGUCCAUUCAUUGAGCCUUUGUGGGAACAGCGCUCUCCGCACAGGAAGGAUCGGCGACCGGGUUUUCGUCGUCGUUGUUGUUGUUCCUUUCACGCCACGACACGACACGACGCGUCCGGGGGGGGUGGUGGUGGGAAGAUGGCCAACCGCAACCUGAAGCAGGUGAAGAUCCAGAACAGCUCGGCGUCGCCCGGCGCCCGGGGCCCGAAGCGCGACGCCGAGCCGCCGGCGGAGCAGGGCGCGGCGGCGGCCGAGCUCGGCGCCGGGGACCCGCUGGAGAUGACGCUCGACCUGCGCAACUUCAGGAAGCCCGGCGAGAAGACGUUCACGCAGCGCUGCCGGCUCUUCGUGGGCAACCUGCCCACCGACCUCACCGAGGAGGAUUUUAAAAAGCUGUUCGCGAAAUAUGGCGACGCCAACGAGGUGUUCAUCAACCGCGACCGGGGCUUCGGCUUCAUCCGGCUGGAAACCAGGACUCUGGCCGAGAUUGCGAAAGCUGAGCUAGAUGGAAUGAUCUUGAGGAACAGACCCCUACGCAUUCGCUUCGCCACCCACGGCGCUGCUCUGACCGUCCGGAACCUCUCUCCCGUGGUGUCCAACGAGCUGCUGGAACAGGCCUUUGCGCAGUUUGGUCCCGUGGAGAGAGCCAUUGUAGUCGUGGAUGACCGCGGCCGACCCACUGGCAAGGGUUUCGUGGAGUUCGCUGCAAAACCCGCCGCACGAAAAGCCCUGGACCGGUGUGCAGAGGGAGCGUUCUUACUGACCACGCAAUGUGCCUACUCUGUCUCCAGGUCUCCACGUCCUGCCAUUGUCGAACCAACAGAACAGUUUGAUGAUGAGGAUGGUCUUCCAGAAAAGCUGUUGCAAAAAACAGCACAGUACCACAAGGAGAGGGAGCAGCCGCCUCGGUUCGCCCAGCCAGGCACGUUCGAGUUCGAAUACUCCUCCCGCUGGAAGGCCCUGGACGAGAUGGAGAAGCAGCAGCGCGAGCAGGUGGAUCGGAACAUCCGGGAGGCCAAGGAGAAGCUGGAGGCCGAGAUGGAGGCGGCUCGCCACGAGCACCAGCUCAUGCUCAUGAGGCAGGAUCUCAUGAGGCGCCAGGAAGAGCUGAGACGAUUGGAGGAACUGAGAAAUCAAGAACUCCAAAAACGCAAGCAGAUUGAAAUGAGGCACGAGGAGGAGCGGCGCCGCCGCGAGGAGGAGCUGAUGCGCCAGCGCGAGCAGGACGAGCUGAGGCGGCAGCAGGACGGGUUCAAGCCCAACUACAUGGAUAACAGAGAACAGGAAAUGAGAAUGGGUGAUAUGGGUCCCCGUGGAGCGAUUAAUAUGGGAGAUACUUAUAGCCCAGCAGCUGCUGGUAACCAAGGCCCCCCUCAAAUGAUGGGUAUGAAUAUGAACAACAGAGGAGCAAUCUCUGGCACUGCAUUGGGACCUGGUCCUGCCAUGGGGCCAGAGGGAGCACCAAACAUGGGAACGCCAAUGAUACCCGAUAACGGAGCCAUGCGCAGUGAUAGAUUCCCGCAAGGUGGCCCCCCGCCCAUGGGCUCCCCGCUGGUCAGCAGGCCCGGUGUUGAAGCUCAGCAGGCACCCAUGGUUGGUGCUGGGGCUGUGGGGGGCGGGCCUGGGGGGUUUGGGCGGGGGAACCAAGGGGGCAACUUUGAUGGACCUAACAAGCGUCGUAGAUACUGAGCUUUCCGAGCCCUUAAAGUGCAUUCCAGCUUCUCUACAGAGAGUAGACGCCCCUUCAACGUCCGCUAAAUGUUACUCGUUUUAUUUUGCAGAUAGUUUUAGCAUUUGUUGUCAGUGUAAUUUGCAGCCUGAUUUGUAGGUAUCAUGACUCCUGCGGUGUAGCAGCACAAACAUUUCUAUUGGCAAGUGAUGAAUGUGGACAUGAUUUGGCUGUAUCUUGUACAGUUUUACUGGAAAUGGAGGAAACAAACAAAAAAAAAGAGCCUGGCAAGACUUUUAGACUUCCAUUAUAUCGAAAUCUAAUCAUUUGCUGAAGAUCCACAGCUGCCUUUGGCUGAGGUGAAGAUCUUUUAGAGUUGCUGAAGUCCUAAAAAUUGUGAGGAAAGUGACGGUUAUUUUCGCAAAUGAAAUCCUUUAUUUUAAUUUAAAGCCAUGGAUAUAGCUCUGGACUGCUUUCAUCAUUUCAGCCCCAUGUGACCAGGAUGUUUCUUUACUUUGUGAUAUGUAUUUUUUUAUUUUGAUUUAGUUUUGAUCCUAAUUGAAAGCUGCAUUGGUACCUUGCUGUAGUUAGUGUUUUCAAUGUAAAAUGCAUGCAUUUAUUUCCUCUAGGGCAUCAGUACUUUAUCUGUGGACAGUUUUGUUUUUCUUUUCGGUCAACGUUUUGUUCUAGCAAUACUUUAACAAUAAAAUAAUUUGAAACACUA